AUGGGUCACCUGAUGAAACGCGCACGUCGCUUCAAAAAUCAGAUCCUGUGCGACCUGCACUUCGCGGACGUUGCGCUCAUGGAGUGCAGCGACUUCAUGCAGCAGCUGCGCAGCUUCAAACCCCAGUCACUGGGCUGCGCCGUCGCCAGGCGCAAGUCUUCUACCACCCUUAUAUUCCCUUUGCCGCCGCAAGCCUGUUCAGAUGAAUUCUGCGAAGAGUACCCGCACAGCUUGAUCCCUACUCCUGGCUAUUGGGUCGAAUGUUCGCGUCAGAAAAUCGCCACUGAUACCAUAUGGGACGAGUCAGAAUCCGAACAUGACAGCGGGCCGGACAGAGACAAUGCCGAUAACGACCGUCACAGAAGAUCGGGAUCUCUUGAUGAGGCAGCCGAAGAUAGCAGUGACAAUGGUGGUAGCACGCCCAAAAAGAAAACGGCGAUUGAGGAGCAAUGGGAGAGAUCCGGUGGAUUUGAACUCACAUCUGUCGAACAAGAGACUUAUGAGAAAUACUUUUACGGAACGGAGCAUUGGAACUACUUUACCAAUGAUGAAGACCUCGGUCCUGUUAUAUUGUCCAUAAAACAGGAGACCCUUAAUGCAAGGGAUCAGUUCAGAAUUUUAGUGCGAGCAAUAAGCUAUACCGUCCACGGUCUAAUCCCAGCAUCGUGCGUAUUUGCGGAUCGCUAUAACAGAGAAGAGGUGGUGCGGUCGCUUGGCAAGGAAGUUAACAUCAACCCGCCACUUAUGCUGGGUCAGCUGCCUGACACACCGGAGGAGCUACUCAAACUUGAUCAGGUGUUCAUAAAGUCAGAGCUGAAAGUAGGCGUUAUUUACGUGAAGGAGAACCAGUACACGGAGGAAGAAAUUCUGGACAAUAAUGAAAACUCACCAAUGUUCGAAGAGUUCUUACAAGUUUUAGGGGAGAAAGUCAGACUUAAGGGCUUCGACAAGUACAAAGGUGGUUUAGACACAGUUCAUGAUCUCACUGGCCUGUAUUCCGUAUACACUAACUGGCGAGGCAUAGAAAUAAUGUUCCACGUGUCAACUCUGCUGCCCUACGAACGACACGACCCUCAAAAACUACAAAGAAAACGACAUAUAGGCAACGACAUAGUGUGUGUCGUGUUCUUAGAAGCGGACAACACGGCUUUCUCCCCGGCAUGUAUCAAGAGUCACUUUUUGCACACUUUUAUCUUAGUGCGAGUUUCGGCCAAAAUCAAACGUCGUCCAACCAGAUACGAAGUGUCCGUAGUUACCCGGGAUGAAGUAGGUGCUUACAAACCCUAUCUUUGGGAGCAAAGUGUCUUUGAUAAAGGACCUAUGUUCAGGGAAUGGUUACUAACAAAGAUUGUCAAUGGCGAAAGGGCGUCAUAUUCAGCGCCUAAAUUUGCCAGGAUGCAGGAAAGAACGCGCAGUCAAAUGUUAGAAGAUAUUGUUGCCAAUUUACAAAACCACGCUGAAACUGGACAAAUACCUAAACCUUAUCGUAGAGGUUCGUGGCGUCCAAUCGGCCACAUGCGACCUUCCUCACCUCUCUUAGACUCAGUACGCGAUCAGUUCGAAGACUACGAUCAACUCGCCAAGGACUUUACCAGAGUCUUUCUGAAUAGUGAACUGAACGUUGCGCAGAAUGCUCAACUGUUUGACGUAGUCUUUCUCGUGGGGCAGUCGAAGCAGAAGACCAAAUUCAUUGGUGUUAGAGCCAUUCUUGGUGUCAGGAGCAGGGUGUUUCAAGAAAUGUUAUACGGCAUACAAACAGGAUUCGGAUCUCCUCAAGUUCCAGUUGCAGAACUUCUGGCUCGACCGGCACCAACAUUGCUUUCUCCGACUCCAGCUCGGCAAAAGAGUAGCAACUUCUUGCAAGUUCCUGAUAUUGAAUCGCCGAGGCCAAAAAGUGUUCCCAGUUCACCAAUGGUGAAACGCGCGUUCUCUCGCUUGGGGACCAUCACGGCUGGUUGGGGUCGAUCCAUUCGUAAACAACAUUCGCAACUCAAUGCAGAAGAUAAAAAGAAAUGGGCCAGCUCUCAAGAUUGUUCAAAUAAAGAAGGAAAAGACAAAGAAAAAGAGAAAAAUGCAGCACUGGCAGUACCCAGACUUUCCGUUUGCGCAGACGCACAAAAAGUUGAUCGCGCUAAACUGGCACAAACAGAGUUUUCAAUAAUAGAAUUCGACCCAGAAACUUUCCGGAUUCUCUUGGAUUAUCUGCAUACCGGCAGCUGUCCACUGACGUGUGCCUCAAUACCAGGCCUCAUUUGUGCAGCGGAGCAUUACGACUUACCCGAAUUACUGCAAGCAUGUUUCCAUCAUGCUAAACAAUUUCUUAGAAUAGAAGUGGUAUGCACGAUGCUCAUAUCAUUAGAAAACUACUACUGGCGAUAUACGUCAGCCUCGGAAUUGGUUAAUAUGAUCCUGGCCUUUAUUGAGCAAAGAGCUUACGCGUUAUUCCAAACACCUGAGUUUCUUAACCUCUCCGAAUCAAUGGUCCAAAUGAUUAUGUGUCGAAACCUUGAGGUGCCUGAAGUGAGGAAAUUUGAAGCGAUGCUCAGCUGGGCCCGGAACAAAAUUAAAUCCAAGUCCGCCAAUAAGACUGAUGCCAAAAAUGAAUUUAAAUGCACUAUGGAGAGAUUAGCUAGAGACCUAAAACUGUACAGGAUCUCACCGCAGGAAUUGAUAAAAGUGGUGCUCCCGUCUAAGGCUAUAAAGAACGAGCGGAUUCUCGAGACAUUAAUGUACCAAGCCAACUCGGGAAUGUACAGAAUUCAGGACAGUUACAUAGAGGCCUGCCAACAGCGGCUGCAAAAGCAGGAUUCGAGGUUUUCGGAGUUCGAAAGUUUCGACUACGGUAUAUAA